AAGGCCAGGUGAAGCCGCGAAGGAUGGCUGUCGCACUAGGCUCCUCCCGCCUUCCCAUCAUCUCUUUAUCCAGACACACGAUCCCCAACCAUAAACCUUCUCCGGUGACUCCUCGCCCGCACAAACCCCUCCUCCUCAGGUUCCGAACCUCCCGCCGUCAGAGCCUCCGGUACCUCACUUCUCUCGGCAUCGCCUCCUCCCCCGAGUCCAUCGCCUGGUCCCUCUCAAUCGUCGAAUUUCUCAAGUCCAAGGGUUUCUCCGAUCACCACUUCUCCCGCCUUGCUGCCGUAUGCCCUGCCAUAUUCACCUCCGCCACCGACGUCCACCGCACCCUCGCCCCUGUCUUCGCCUUCCUCGCCAAUGACCUCUCCGCCAGUCCCGAGCAGGCCCGCGAUUUUGUUCUCCGAUGCCCCGACCUCCUCGUCUCCAACGUCGAAAGUCACCUACGCCCCACGCUCUGCUUCCUUCGGAAUCUCGGGCUCAGAAACGUCGGAGCGCCGACCAAUCUCAACGCGCACCUUCUCAACACCCCUCUCGAGAAGCUGGUCUCCAAGAUCAAGUUUUUAGAGUCCAUGGGGCUGUCACACGAGGAGGCAGUUGGAGUUUGCGUUCGCUGCCCAGCAAUCUUUGGCUACAGCGUGGAGAACAACAUGAAGCCCAAGAUCGACUACCUGGUGCACGAGAUGGAGAGGCCGAUCGAGGACGUGAAGAAGUUUCCGCAGUAUUUCGCCUUUAGUUUGGAGAAUAAGAUAAAGCCGAGACAUUUGCAUUUGAAGAAGAGGGGGGUCCAGAUUCGCUUGCAGAGGAUGUUGGUAUGGAGUGAUGAGAAGUUCUACGCCAAAUGGACGUGAAACUUAUGGCCAGUGGUUUCUUCAUUUGCUUCAACUUUCUACAUUUUGUACUUUAUGUUGGAUCAACAUGAAUCAGUAUUCUAAUUACAAUUACAGAUGAUAAACCCCUCCAGUGAGAAGAGCUUUAAAAACUGUAGUUGAGCAAUUGAUC